UCUCUCUCUUUUUUUCCAGGCCAGUGCGGCAGGCGGACCGCAGGGAGAGGGAGAUUUUAGGAAGGACAGUUACAAAAGUUACAGAAGACGAGAAAUCAUGACACAAAACCGUGAACUCGUCGAUCGCCUCUCCUUGCCAUUGAACCUGACAUCCCUCAUCAUGGCGCUCGUGUCACAUAUGAAAUAUUGAUUUUUGUCAUCUACACAACUUGAGGAUAUAAUGCCGGUGAAACGGAUGAGAACUACUGCACUCGCCUGGAAUUGGUUGUUGGAUAUUGAAUCCGGCGCUCGGGGAUGCAGUUGGCAUUGUUUGCCCUGUAUAUAAUCAAUAUAUGAGAGCAGGAUUAUUGGACUACACGAGAGCUCGGGCCGAUCCGUUAUUUUUCACAUCACCGCUCUGAUCUCAUGAUGCAGCGACGCGUUCUGUGUGCUAGUUUUAUGCUUAUUUAUAUUUUAUUUUUAUGUACAGCACUUUGGUUCCACUUUGUGGUGUUGAAAGUGCUUUUAAAAUAAAUUUGAGUUUAGUAGAUGCCAAGAUGGGUGAUGCCGCAGAGAUCAAGGAGAGCAAGAGGACGUUCAUCGUGCCCACGAUCAAAUCUGUCGAUCACUAUGAUUUCACCAGGGCCAAGAUAUCGUGCAGUUUGACGUGGCUCAUCGCCAAAGCCUUUGGAUCUGACUGUGUACCGGUGGAGUUGGAGGAUCCAUUCUACAGAGACCAGUAUGACCAGGAGCAUGUGAAGCCGCCCGUUGUGUCUCUGCUGCUCUCUGCUGAGUUGUAUUGCCGUGCUGGGAGUCUGAUCCUCAGGAGCGACGCGGUUAAACCUCUGCUGGGUCACAACGCUGUCAUCCAGGCCCUCGCUCAGAAAGGUCUCUACGUCACUGACCAGGAGAGACUCGUGACUGAGAGAGACCUCUGCAAGACCCCGAUACAGAUGAGUUCUCAUCUGGCGAUUAUUGACACUUUAAUGAUGGCGUACACAGCUGAAAUGGUCAGCGUGGAAAGAGUGAUGACCUGCAUACAGAAAUUUACUCCUUUACUUCCUGAGGAAGACUUCCCUUAUGAUGCUGAAGAGGCCGUGACUACAUGGAUCAACAAGGUAAAUGAACAUCUUAGAGAACUUUUGGCCCAAGAACAAAGAGUUCGAGAUAUAGGAGAACCCUGCAUGGUUCCAAAGGGGCGGUUCAGGAGAGAGGACUCUAGAGCACGUCCGGUUCUUUGUCUCCCCCUGGUGGACAAUCUCUUGAAGGACAACACAGAUGGCUGCGCACUGGCUGCACUACUGCACUUCUACUGUCCUGAUGCUGUGCCACUGGAAGAUAUCUGUGUCAAAGAAACAAUGUCAUUGGCUGACAGUCUGUACAAUCUCCAGCUGAUCCAGGAGUUCUGCAGAGAAAACCUCAACAACUGCUGUCACUUCACCCUGGAGGAUAUGCUGUACGCUUCCAGCACCAUCAAGAGUAACUACCUUGUGUUUAUGGCAGAGCUAUUCUGGUGGUGUGAAGUUGUGAAACCAUCUUUUGUUCAGCCCCGCACACUUAAUACCAAAGUAUCUGACCCGUCCCAAUCCAAUAAAAUGGCUCCCAUAACCAAACAAAACCUGAUCCACAGGCCAGGCAGUCCAGAUCAGUCUAGGUCACAACCUAAAAAUAACAACUCAGCAGUUAUCAGGCGGUCAUCCUCCAUGUCGUAUGUGGAGGGAUGUGUGGGGACAUGGCCUAAAGAGAAACGGUCUUCAGCUCAUGGGAUAUCAUUUGAGAUUCCACUUGAUGACAGCAUGAGUUCGUCUUCAGAACGUGGACUGAGUCGAUCGGCAAGCACUGAAGGAUUGGGUUUUAAAGUUCAUCGCGCGGCCCGAGGCAUGCGAAGAAACCUCUCAUUCCAGCCCGUUAAUGGGAACGCCCAGAGCAAAAUCCGUGAGGAGGAUGUUGAGGAAUCCAACAGACAGAUUAGCAGACAUCGUCUGGGAAACUAUGCUGGGUACUCAAAUGGUGUAUCAGCAGACAACUUAAGCCCUCCUUAUGACCCUCAGCCCAACACCCCCAGUAUAGAAGAAGCCCUGAAGAUCAUCCAUGACUCUGAGCGACCCCACAGCAGCUUGCAGCCCCCAUCUGAGGACAGCACCUUUUUCCUCCACAACCCAUCUUCCCACAACUCCGCAUCUGAUACAAACAAUCCAGAGGACUCUCUUUCCAAGGCCAGAGCUGUAGAUGACAUGGACUUAAAUUCCACCUCUACUGACAUGGACACCGGAAUCCACGUCCGUACUGAGGAUAUCCAGGAUGGACAGGAUGAGGAUUCAUCCCUGAAGGACUAUUCAGACAUGGACCAGGACUACGAAGCUCAUUCCUGUCCACUUCUGGAGACAUCCGGCAGCCCGUGUCCAGGCCUUUUGGGAACGCGCUCUUUGGCCACCAGCAUGGCUUCCUCAUUGGGUUCUGCUGUUCGCAUGACCAGCUUUGCCGAACAGAAGUUUCGUAAACUAAACCACGGCGAUGGCCGCAGCAGCGGGAGCGGCGGCAACACGCCUGAGAGCGGCGACCUGAACGUCACAACCCCAGGAGCGACCGGGACAGUUCGUUCGAUUACUCCUGACACGCGUAGCCCCUCUCGCAUCACUUCCCCUCGUGAUCCCUCGCACCUGCUGGCGUCGGAGAUGGUGCAGUUGAAGAUGAAGCUGGAAGAGAAACGCAAAGCCAUUGAGGCGCAGAAGAAGAAAGUCGAAGCGGCUUUUACACGUCACAGGCAGCGCAUGGGCAGGACUGCCUUCCUCAAUGUAGUCAGGCGUAAAGGAGUCGUGUCGCUACUAGGGGGUGACUGUGAUGGCCCAGAUGGUCGGGAAAAACAAUCCAGUGACCCACAACCCCCAAAAACACCUUUGAAUUUGAAUGACUCCGAUUCUAGACUUGAGAGAUGUCGACCUGAUGGCGCACCACCAAAGUCACCUCUGGAGGAAGCAGCUGUGGAGGUGGAUCUGGGGGAGUAUACGCGAUCCAUCGAGCGCCUGAACACGUCUCUGAGCUUCCUUCAGUCAGAGAUGCAGCGCUUGGCACAGCAGCAGGAGCGCAUCAUGCAGAUGCGCGAGCACCAAAGUUGGGUGAUUUCACCACCGGAUCCGUCGCCACGCAAACAGUUGCGUGAACUGCGCAGCAGCAGUGUAGUUGGCCGAGGUUCGGUGGGGUCGCUCUCCCCCAUUUUGUCGUCCACCGGUUCGCAUAUUUAUUUACAUAGUUAAAUGUGUAAGAUUUAAGUGUAGCAGGGACAGUUCCACGCAAGGACGCCACGAACGCCAAGGCCCAAUGACCUGAAGGUUACACCCUUCAGCCGGAUGCUCAACUCGCCACAGUCAGUAGACAGCCUGCCUCGACUUAGACGCUUUUUGCCAAGUCAGACACAUUCCAGCUCAUUCGCGUAUUUGGGACAUGACGAGAGACCUUCGAGUGAGGACCAAUCAGCUAGAGAAAAGCCAUGUAAGCAAGAGUCCAAAGAUGCACUAAAAGUAGCUGCAAAUUCACCAUCUACCCAGGUGAAUGAAAAGCAAGGAGAAGAAAAACAGGACGUUAGAGACGCUAGAGAAAAAAUCAUGAAUGCGCCAACAUCUGAGGUUCUGUCUCAGCCAACAAUGAACAAUUCAUCGGUAACCACCAGUGGACAUGCAAAUGAAGAAGAGUCGCAUGAGAAGAAGGAACUGAUUGAGGUUCCUCUCUCUGUUCUGAAGCCUCUGGAUGGACAUGAUCUGGAGAGCAGUAGAGAAACAGAGACUGGACCAGAAUCUAGACCAGACCAGAAAAUGUGUUGUGGCUUCUUCUAUAGGGAUGACCUGAAGGCAGAGGAGGAUAUUGCACAGAAGAAAGCUGCUCUGAUGGAAAAAAGGCUUCGGCGGGAAAAGGAGAUGCAGAUCAAGAAACAGCAACAGGAGGCCGAGAUGGAACAAAAGAAAGAAGCAGCACGAUUGAAAGGGGAAGAGGAACGCCAGAAGAAGGAGGAAGAGAAGGCAAGACGGGAUUUUAUAAAAAAUGAAUAUAUGAGGAAGAAGCAGCUCAAACUGAUGGAGGACAUGGACAGUGUUAUUAAGCCACGCCCCCCUAGUGUCAAGCAGAAGAAGCCACGCCCCAAAUCUAUGCACAGAGACACCAUGGAGUCUCCAAAGCCUCCAGCACGGACAACCACAGGGUCACGACCUCGUGGAUAUUCCGUGUCCAGCUUAUCACUCGCCUCCCUUAAUUUGGCAGACAAUGAGAGUGUCAAAUCUGAUAAGAGGACAUCCAGAGGCAGCAGACUGUCUCCUGGCAGUCUGUGUUUCUUUCUGAGCUCUCCUAAAGGGAGAAAGGGAAGGCCAGAGUCCACAGAGGGCUUUCUGUCACCGUGUCCAUCUGUAAGUGGAAAUGGGGAGAACUGGGAGCUCGAAUCAACAUCGUCUGCAGAAUACACAGGGCCAAAGUUGUAUAAGGAGCCCAGUGCUAAAUCAAAUAAAUACAUCAUCCAGAACGCACUGGCUCACUGCUGCCUCGCAGGCCGCGUCAACGAGGGACAGAAGAACAAAAUCCUGGAUGAAAUGGAGAAAACAGAAGCCAACAACUUCCUGAUUCUGUUCAGAGACACUGGCUGCCAGUUUCGCUCUCUGUACACGUAUUAUCCAGAGGCGGAGGAGAUCAACAAGCUGGCUGGCAUCGGGCCCAAGACCAUCACACCCAAAAUGAUCGAAAACCUCUACAAGUACAGCUCGGAUAAGAAACAGUUCAGCAAAAUCCCCGCCAAGACCAUGUCAGCGAGUGUGGACGCCAUCACCAUCUACAGCCACCUCUGGCAGAUCAAGAAACAAAACACACCCAAAAAACUCUUCAAAUAAGUUCACAGCUCACUUGCAGACUGCUGAGUGUUCCUGCCUAUCGGACAUUACGAUGCACAUCCUGAAUGUAAAGAAAACACUUUUGCGGGCUUUGGAUGUUUAUUUGUGGCGAAUUUCGAAAGCUUCUGUUCUACAGUACACACCCACACACACUCAUGUGUGUUUGUUUGCAGCACUGAUGGAUGCGCCUUUACGUGAUUUUUAUUUUAAACGUUCUAUUUUGUGGCCUUAUGCUUGUCUUGUUGUCUCUUUUAUGCAAUGCUUAAUGCACACGGUUACUGAGUUUAUGAGCAAGUCAUUGCAUCGUUUGAAGAUACACAGUCUGCUUCUAUGUUUGUGCAGGUGUAAAAGAAUAUUAGGGACAUACUACACUUGAAGACUAACUUUAAGGUGGUCAUGCAGUUGAAAAAGCAUUUAAAGUACUGGAACCUCCUUUUUUUGCUUUAUUUAAUGUCUGCAUUUUUAUAUUUUGGGUAGGAUUCGUUUUUGUUGCGCAACUGCUACUCCAGAGGAACGUGUUAAAUUAGCUACAGUAAGAGUUGUUCGCCUAAAGACUUUCUAUAAAAUGAACACGCUCGUGCUACUCUGUAUGUGAUGUAAACGUAUUGAUGGGGCCUUUAACUGAAUAAGUUGAAGACCAAAACUGAACAUAUUAGCUAGAGUUAUAAAACUAUCGCUAGUGUCAUGAUCCAGAGUAUAUCUGGGUGCCAUGUAUGUUUGAAACAUACAUUUUAGAGAGACAGAUCAGUUUAGCUGACUGUUUGAGGAAAUUUCCAUAUGAAUAAUACAGAGGAAACACUGAGUUAUUGAAUACUAUAUAAUGAAGCUUUCAAAAAGAUGGUGCAUAUUAUUGCUAAAUCAUGUGGUAACUCAUUUUUAAUUAUGAAGUGCAUUUUAAAGAGCUGGAAUUAUUUGGGCAGGCUGUUGUCUGGUAACACAUUUUGUCUGCAAGUGCAAAAGAUUCUAGAUAUGUGUUAUUUUUACUAAGGGAAGUAAAUCAUUGUUUGAAUUUAUUGAUGCUGUACAGAUAUAGUUUUACAUACUAAGCAUAUUUUUUAAGCCAUUGAAUAUUACUGAUAUUUUUUCAUAUGAAAAAGAUGAUGCUUAACAGGUGCAAGUAUGCCGGGAUGUGAUAAGAGCAGAAGUAAGCUCUUCUGAGAGAUGUUCAUUUCCACACGCUGUCUAAUCUUUUUCCAGGUCAUGUCUGCUGUUUGUUCAUCAUAUGCUUUGUCUGUUUGUAUUUGAAUGUUAACCUCAACAUAAAUACAGAUUUACAACCAAAA